AUGAAGACACAAAGAGCAUUCUUUCUUGCCUUCUUUGGGCUUAUAGCGGUUUGUUAUUCUCAAGACUUCGGUGAAAUAUAUUGCGGGAGACGACUAGCAACAGCUUUGGCUCUAUUAUGUGAUAACAAUCUUAUCAAGAGAUCUUCUCAUCAUGAUAUGGCGACGGUGGAUAUGGGAUGGCCAUGGCUUGCCCCGCAUAGAGCCCACAGUAUGAGCAGGAGCAAGAGAGGAGUUGUCUCAGAGUGCUGUGACAAACCUUGCACUAUAAACGAGCUUUUAUCUUAUUGCGGAAAC